AUGUCUCAGCUCCUCGGGAACAUCCACAGCAUCAUCGGUGCUUUCAACAAGUACGCAAAAGACGAUGGGGAAUGUGCGACGCUCAGCAAAGGCGAGCUAAAGAGCCUCAUCCAGAAGGAGUUUGCCGAGGUGAUCGUGGUGAGUGUCUAUGUUGGUUUUCUUGGACAAUGGGAUGGGAUGGGAGGAUCGGGGGCAGAGGAAGAGAGACCAAGUAUGGAAGACUUGCAUGCUGUGGGUGGAUUUAAGAUAUUGGGGAGGUCAAGUGAAUGGGCUUCAAGUUAAGAAGGACCAGGGAGUGAAGGAGGCCUUGUAGACCAGGAGAUAGGUAACAAUGCUGGCCAAGGCUAAUGAAGCUUUGGAGAAGGGUCAUGGCUCAGUGGCAGAGCCUCUGCUUUGCAAGCAAAAGGUCGCAGGUUCAGUCCCCCAAUGGCAUCUCUAGGUAGGGCUGGGAAGUAUUCACUGUCGGUCAAUGUUGUGGACAAUGCUGCUGUCAGUCAAUGUAGACAAUGCUGAGUUAGAUGAACCCAAUGGCCUCUGUAUAAGGCAGCUUCCUCUGUUCCUAUUUAAGUAGAGGGUCGUGGCUCAGCAACAAAGCAUCGGCUCCACAUGCAUACAGUCCCCGGUUCAAAUCCCUGGCAUAUCUAGGUAGGGUUUGGAGAGAGCCUUGUCUCUCUGGAGAUCUGCUGCCAGUCAACACAGACAAUACUGGGCUAAAUGAAACAAUGGAUUGACUUAGUAUGUUCCUAUUUAAACCAGCCCUUUAGUCAGAACUUUGAGGACUGGGAUUCUUAAUUGGUUUUUGAGAGGGUGGGACAUAACUGUGUGGAGGAGCAUCUCCUUUGCACCUUCCACUUUGCAUGCAGAAGGUCCCAGGAUCAAUCCCUGGGCAUCUCCAGGUUGAGCUAGGAAUGUGCAUCGUCUGGGCAAUAGGGAGAUUGAUGGUCCAAUGGAGCAGCUCAGUAUGACGGAGUUAUACUGCCUUCCUAAGUGAGUAACAAGCUUGGUGCAUUUCCUUUCAGAACCCGCAGGACCCUGAGACAAUCGAGACCAUGCUGCAGCUGCUUGACAAAGACUGUGAUGGCAAGGUGGACUUUGAGGAGUUCACCGUCCUGGUGUUCAAAGUGGCAAAGGCCUGCUAUAAGAAGGAACACGAGUGUGGAGUGACAGCAGAAGGGCAGUCCAGGAGGGGAGGGAGCAGCGCAAGGAGACAGGAGACAUCAGUGCUGAGCAAAGGCUCAACUCAACAACCUGCUCAAGAACCGGAGAAAGUUUCUGAACCUGAGUCUCAGUGCUCAUCUCAAGAAGAGAAACAGGAGUCCCCAAAAUCAGAGACACUUUCUGACAGGCGGAGUAAAGAACCCCUAAAACAAGAACGGGGUUCCCGGUUUUCACAGAAGCCAUCAUGGACGUGUCCAGCUCAGAGGGAGAGAGAGGAAGGCCAAAGAGGAGAGAAGGAGCCAUCUUGCCAAGGUUUUCGGAGAGAAGUGCAGCAUUGCUCCAAGCCCUCGCAGCGAAAACCCCAAAUCGUAGCUGAGGAGAUAAGCAGACAAAGCUGCCAGGAACCUGACACACCAGAUGAAUGCCAGACUCAAGGAACUCAACAGAGCACAGUCCAAAAACCAUCCCAGCCAUGUCAGAUGGAGGAACAGGGCCACAGGGAGCCACAGGAGCAAGAGCAGGCAGCUCAGCAACCUACUCCCCAUCGAAAGGAAGCUCCGAGACAGACCCAAGAGCCACUGAAGAGGGAACAGGAUGUAGUGAAGCCCAAGUCGCAAGAAUCACAGAAAGCGGUUCGAAGACCAGCCCAAAGGGGGGUUGAGGAACCUCAAGCACCAGAACAGAAAUCCACUUCCCAGUCCUGCAGAGAUCAUCAGGAGGAACAGCCUUCAUUGGGCUGUGGGAAAGAAAGAACGUCAACGUCUGAGCAACAUUCAACCUAUUGUCAAGAGCAGGAACCUCAGAGAGGAGAGCGGUCAAUGCAGCAACAGGAAUGUAAGCCUCAGACACGGGGGAAAGGUGCUGUUCGUAGACUUGUAGAAGAGUAUCAGGAAGCAAAGGAUGAUUCUUGCCAACAGCCAACAAAGGAAGUUCAAGAACCGGAACAGGCUCAGAGUUGCAAGCCAGAUGGUGGGAUUCUGACACGUGGAAAGCAAUCAACUCACCAACAGGAAUGUCAGUCUCAAGGUCAUGAGCAGGCCUUGACUGGCCAAGAAGAGCAAGAGUCUCAAUCCCCAGAGGAGGCCACAACUGGCUGUCAUGAACGUCAACCUUUGACCACAGUACGACAUCAACCACAUCAAGACAUUCAGGAGCCUCAGCACUCUGGAAAGAGCCAUUACCGCCGCCAUGAAUGUCAGACUCUGACACCAGAACAAGUUGUUUCUCCUCAAGAGGACACAAAGCCUCAGCCAUCAGAGAAGGAAGCCUGCAGUGAGCCAACAGAGAGUACCGAGCAGACCACAACUGGCUGUCAUGAAGGUCAACGUUUGACAAGAAGACAACAUGAACCUUAUCCAGAAGAGAGAAAGCCUCAAAAUACAAGGCAGAGUCAAUAUCGCAGUCAUGAAUGUUCACCUCUGACACCAGAGGAGGGCCCUUUCCCUCAGGAGAGGACAACAUCUCAGAAACAGGAGAGAGAGGAAGCAGAGGGUUCAGAGAAGGCCACAACUGCCUGUUGUGAAUGUCCAUCUUUAAGAAGACGUCAGCCCUGUCCAGAGGAAAGUAAGCCUCAAAAGCCAGGGCAGAGUCAACAUCGCAGUCAUGCAUGCCAGCCUUGGACACCAAAGCAGGUCCCCUCUGCUCAAGAGAUGUCUCAGACACAGGAGAGAGAAGCCAGCUGUGAGCUACCAGAAGCUCCAGAGAAGGCCACAUCUAGAGGUCGGCCAUCAGAACAAUGUCAACCCCAUGUAGAAGAGCAGAAGCCAAAAAAACCAGGGCAGAGCCAACGUCGCUGUCAAGAAUCUCAGCCUCUGGUGCAAGAACAAGCUCUUUCUCCUAAGGAGGAGACAAAACCUCAGGUGUCAAAGAGAGAAGCAAGCUGUGAGUCGGUGGAGACUCCAGAGAAGGCCACAUCUGGUGGUCGGACAUGUCAGCCUUCACCAUCAGAACGAUGCCAAUCCCGUUCAGAGGAGCAAAAGCCUCAAAGACCAAGGCAGAGCCAACAUCACUGCCAAGCAUCUCGGCCUCUGACUCAAGAACAAGCUCUUUCUCCUAAAGAGGAGACAAAACCUCAGGUGUCAAAGAGAGAAGCAAGCUGUGAAUCUGUGGAGACUCCAAGGAAGGCUACAUCUGGUGGUCACGCAUGCCAGUCUUCAACAUCAGAACAAAGCCAGACCUGCCCAGAGGAACGGAAGCCUCAAAAACCAAGGCAGAGCAAAGAUCAGCAUGAAUGUCAGUCUUCAGAAACAGAGCGGGGAAUUUCCCCUCAGGAGGAAACAAAUCCUUGUGAACAAGAGCAAGAAUCAAGCAGUCAGGAGACAGAGGCUCCAGAGAGGGCCACAACUGGCCGUUGGAAAGGUCAGUCUUCAUCAACAAGGCAUCAGCCUCACUCAGAGGAGGGGAAACCUCAAAACUCUGGGCAGAUCCAAUAUUGCCCUCAUGAAUGCCGGCCUCUGACACCAGAGCAGGCCACUUCCCCUCAAGAGGAGACGAAACCUCAGACAUCGGAGAGAGAAGGGAGCUGUGAGCCGACACAGAGUCCAGCUUCCCAGGGGCCGAUCGAUUCUUUGGCCAGGCAGCCCCUCCGACCUUGGCCUCAGCAACAGCGCAGAGCAUUGCAGUUCCCUUCUCCAUGGUCCCCAAAGCACUAA